AACAAUGGCUUCCCAAAAGCAAUUCCUCUUAGCUCUCUUCCUAGUUUUGGCAAUCUGGGCUUCGCAGACCAGCUCACGGAAGCUUCAAGAGCUUUCAAUGUCCGAGAGGCAUGAACAAUGGAUGGCCAAGUAUGGGCGGGUGUAUGAGAAUGCUGCGGAGAAGGAUAGGCGGUUCAAUGUCUUUAAAGACAAUGUGCAGUUCAUAGAUUCAUUCAAUGCUAACCCGAACAAACUUUACAAGCUAAGCAUGAAUGCAUUUGCUGAUCAAACUAACAAAGAGUUCAGAGCUUCACGUAAUGGACUUAAGAGAACAAAUGCGCCAAGUUCGGUGAAAACAACACCGUUUAAGUAUGCAGACGUGACUGCAGUGCCUGCUAGCUUAGAUUGGAGGAAGAAGGGUGCUGUUACACCCAUCAAGGACCAAGGCCAGUGUGGCAGCUGCUGGGCCUUUUCAACAAUAGCAGCAACGGAGGGAAUCCACCAAAUCAACGCAGGCACACUCAUCUCCUUAUCCGAGCAAGAGCUUGUAGACUGCGACACUCAAGGAGAAGAUCAAGGAUGCAUGGGAGGUCUAAUGGAGGAUGGAUUUGAGUUCAUAAUACACAACAAGGGCAUCACCACCGAAGCCAAAUACCCUUAUAAAGCAACAGAUGACUCUUGUAACAAGAAGGAAGAGGCUUCUCACGAUGUCAGUAUCACUGGAUAUGAACAAGUUCCUGCAAACAGCGAGGCAUCAUUGCUGAAGGCAGUGGCAAACCAGCCAGUGUCGGUCUCCAUUGACGCUAGUGGUUCUGCCUUCCAGUUCUACUCCAGUGGUGUUUUCAGUGGAGCGUGUGGAACUAUGCUCGACCAUGGUGUCACAGCUGUUGGCUAUGGAACUACUACUAAUGGCACCAAGUAUUGGAUUGUGAAGAAUUCAUGGGGAACCGAAUGGGGCGAGGAAGGAUAUAUAAGAAUGCAGAGAGAUGUUGAUGCCAAGGAGGGUCUGUGUGGCAUUGCCAUGGAUUCCUCUUACCCUACUGUCUAAACUACAAAACUACCAUGGAUUAUAUGUUUAUCUAUUUCAAGCUUGUACGUGAACCUAAUAGCUCCCUAAGAGGAUGCCUGUACAAAAUUCUGUUGUAUAUAUAUCAGAAUUUCUAUCAAUGAAGUG